AUGAACGAGCUGUUCCCUCACUUACGACCUCCAGAUAAUGUUUUUGAUACUAAGAACACCAAGGCAGGGACUGGCGUCGAGCAGAAUGCGUUAAUCCCGAGUCAAAUAGUGCUGCUUCGAGAUUACAACCUGAAGCUCCUUGUCCAAGGAAAUUUCUGCAGUCAAGUGAAAGAUGCAGCAACACCAGAUGAGAGAGUGUUUAUUCCCAUGGAGGACUUUGUCCAAGUACGCAUUGUCAAUGAGCUGCAGGAGUCUGUUGGGAAUUCAGUUGAUGCCGGAGCAAACUCAGUGGGACGGGCCGAAGAGAAGAGGCCUGGUAUUUCUGCUGCCAUACCACUUCAAGAGCUCAGGGACAAGACAGAGUGGAGGUACGGAGGCGUUCCCUACCUGUUGGCUUAUUCAGCAAUUGGUGGUAGCGUUACGUUUGUGGCACUUCAUUCAAGGGACCCGUCGACGCGGGAGGUCUUGACUAAACAGCUGGUAACCCUUGACCUGUUUCAACUACGCGAUCGUAUCCGGCUUCUCGUCGUCCUCUUCAACAUAGCCAGGUUGUUCCCCGUUUUAAGCAGGCUCUGCAUUGAGUACGACGUCGAGGCAGAUUAUUUACCAGCAACAACAUCCGGAGACAAAACCGUGCAGCUUCAGGCGAAGAAUGUCGUCAAGACGUAUAAGGAUUAUGAUACGUAUUGUACAGUCUUCAACAUCUACGAGGCUAUCAAGGAUGUUCCUCGAGUUGAGAUCUGUACAACCCAGAGAAUCAUUCAGGCUCGGAAGCGAAACAGGAGUUUGGACUACAGUUUAACUUUCGUACCCCGGGUGACGUUUCGUCAGAGAGCCAGGCCACUGAACAAUUUGUUGCCGGCUCUUGUUCAAGUAGCAAAAACGCUGAACGAGCUUCACAAUCGGGGCUGGGUUCAUAGGGAUGUCCACUGGAGAAAUAUUGGCAAGUUUGGCGGUGACUGGUAUCUGAUCGACUUCGAUGAAGCUGCUAUGGUUCCAUGCAUGGAGCCGCAUUUGCUUUGUGAAGAUGCGCAUGCACCUGAGAUGAGAACUGGGGAACAUGGCUAUCCAGUAGAUGUGUGGAGUAUUGGCCAUCUGAUUGCAACCAGCAAGGUGCGAUGUGAUGGUGGGUUGCUACAGUUGCAGGACGAAUGUUUGAGUGAGGAUCCCUCUUCAAGGCCUACCAUGCGACAGGUUCUUUACAGGCUUCAGGAGCUGCCUGCCCUUCUCGCGCUCAUGGGCAAGGUCCUUGUAAAACUGAUACGAGCAAGCGAAAGAUUCGUUUGUGCUGCCUCCCUAUAUCUGCGUGAUAAUGCCCACAAACUUGCCUGCGACUCGGUAGAAGUGGCUUUAGUGUGCUUCGACGCUGAUUGA